AUGAAUCUUUCCAUUGUAUGCUUUUUUUUGUUGUUGUUGAAUACUUCAAUUUACAAUUUUGGUAUCUGAAAGUUAGCAAAUAUCGAAAAUUGUCGAAAAACCUUAAUAAUGACUGCUUUUAGCUAUGGUGACAUAUUCAGAUCCUACUUUUGCUAUGAUAAGAUCAAGAAUUGAAAACAUAGAAGAAAUUCAAAGAAAGAUUUUCAAAUGCUUACAUGAAUCAGAAGCUCAGCUACAGCAGAUAUCCCUACUGUACGCAGACAAGGAUGCCCCGUCAGAUACAUGCAUCCUUACCCACCAACAAAAGAUUCGUGUUGUAGCCAAGCAUCAUGGAUGGCAGUGGUUAUUAGGUCGAGCUAAUGUUAAUGAUAAAAUAAUAGGACCAGGCAAGCAGAUAGAAAUCAGCGUGAUGUUUGAUGAUAUUCUGGUUGAGAAGACUGUUUCUCAGAAUGAGGUCAUAGACGUCCACGGCUACAAGAUAAUAGACCUUGAGAUAGGAAUGAAAGUGUUAGCGGAAUAUAAUCACAACGAUGCUCCUGGUGUCUACUAUACUGCUUCUGUUGCUGAGAUUCCUGAAGAACAAAAUAGAUAUAGAUAUUUACUCCUAUUUGAUGACGGAACGGCCGGCUACGUAAUCGGAGAUCAGUGUUUUAUAUGUCCAGACCAAUCCUUUAUUAGCAGCGUAAACCCUGUCCACAAGCGCUUCAUCCAGUACUACAACAGAAUGUACCAAGAAGGGGGAUUCAAAAUACUGGAUCUUAGUUUACAAAGUACGAUAUUGACAGAAAUCAACGGCCAGUGGAGAGCCUUGUCCUAUUAACUUCACUGACUGCAAUAUCGCUAAUGUCCAGGUAUCACCAGACCAGGCAGAGUUUAUCUACUGCGGCUCCCCCAGAUUCGCUCCAAUCUACCAUCGACUCAAAGCACACCUCAUCGUUUAACCCCCCGCUCAGCGAUAUCACCCUACCGAUAUAUUUUCCUACUCAGAAAACAUGUGAAGCUGAGCUGAGUAGCGUCAGAAAAUUCCUGAGAUUGCUAAUAUAGGAUAUCACUGGUCACGUGAGAUGAAGUUUUAGACAACAGUUACGCCAGGGUACUCAUCAACUAUCUCGCGCUAACAACGUACUCAGUUCCAACUUUUGACGUGGCUUAAGGUGGUGCUAGUUAGAGUUGUUAAUCUUGCUAGGAUGAAAAAAACUCAGGGAUCUCUCUCACUCUCUACUGUUACACCCACUGAGAGAUUAAAGUUUUGCUAAGCCGGUGAUGUUUAGAGAAAACCGCCGUAUUGAAUGUUGAGGCUCAAGUUCAGUGUUGAUGUAAUGACUAACUCUAAUAACACAGCGGCAUGGCACUCAACUAAGGAGUUUUAUUCUUUUAUUAAACCCGGCUGGGGCUUUUUUACACACAUCCCCCCAUCAUGUACAAACAUAAAGGAAGUGCUCUCGACUCCAGACUAGCGCACACCCCAACAUCAAAUGUUGCUUAAUGUGAUUCCUGAUGACAUAACCUCGUUACCUCCAGAUGCAGCAGAACAAUGUUAUUGAGAGAGAGAGAGUGGGGCUAGCUAGCGGCUCUGGUGUUCAGUUGUACAGUACACGGGGAAAGAGCAGUGUUGUGCGCCCCUGUAUGUGGUUGAGUAAGUGAGCAAUCGGCACUGUAUCGUGAGGGCAAGGACGCUGCUCCUGCAUUGUUCCCAGUGUGAUGCGAACAAUAGCACCUGAUUGUAGCGAGCAGAUGUAAUAAAAGGGCAGCCGUGCUCAGUCCGCUGUCUCUGCAAAUAGACACAAGGUCUCACCUCUUACAUUCUCUCUUGACAACAACAAAAUGAGUCAUCUUAGUUGAUGGAGUGUAAUCGAUAAGUCACGUGGUGUUGUACGUGCUUUUGAGAAGAUCAAGAGAGCUAAGAAUAUCAGUGUACGAUGAGUCUUACAACAAGUGGAUACCUUACUACCUUAGCUUUUACCGAGAUGGGGACACUCAUUUUAUUUUAUCAGGGUAUAUUAUUAAUCGUCAUCAAUUUAUCAAUUUGUAGUAUGAGUAUUGUGAAAGGUUUUGUCCUUGUGACUGGUGAGAUCAAGGAAGUUCGCACAUGAACAAUAUCUUGAGUUAGAGUGCUAAUGAAAAAAUACUUGAUAUUGAAGUGGAUUUUGCGAUUAUUUACAACCGGUACGCACAUAUUUUUGAAAUUAUGUGUCUAUUUUUGUUCCAAAGUUAAAACGUUAUGCCGUUUGUUGGUGUAUCAUGUGUGGAAUGUUUCAAAGAACCUUAAAUUCCGUAUCCCGGAUUUUCCAAAUCGUUGGAAGAAGAUAACAGAUGUCUUGUAACCGCGAUAAGACUGACCGGGUUUAUAGUGUAUACUACAACUGUAGUAAAUACUAAAUAGUUUUGUGAAAAUCGUCCCGAAAUAUUUGUCAUAUUUGUACUCAGGGAGUUUAAGAUUUGAGAUUUAAGAUACAUUAUUUAAGUUUUAAAAGCCGGGUAUUGAAUUAGAUGCUACUCGAUAAAACUACCUUUUGUAAGUAUGUAUAGAGUAUAGAUGUAACUAUUAGAAUAGCGCUUGGCUGAUAGCGAUUAUUCGAGGCCUCUUCUAAGAAAAGGCCUCGUCGUUAUUAGAACUUUAAGUUAUUGAAGUAUCGGCAUCACUUUUGAUAUGAGAGAACUCACCAUUUUUAGCAUCCCAAUCGAGAUAUAUUUUGUUUUUUUCUGUUUGUUUUAUUUUUCUUCUUUACUAUUUCUGUUAACAAAGACAUUUUCGCCAAAUAAAUUCGACUAUUUUUUAAUAUCAAUAAUACUGCCUUUUUAAUCAUUAUCUACGUGUCGUGUUUGUGUGUCCAGAAACGAUAUUAUUCGUCUACUUAUAAUUUUGUUAGUUACGAAAGGUACAGAGGUUGUAUGGUUAAUAAGUUUCAAUUGUGAUAUCUUAUUGAAGUUAUUAAACUA